CGUCUCGCAUUCAGCGACACGUCGCUAUAGCUCGCUACAGUGUUCGGAUCUCUUAAACAUGGCAAGAACUAAGCAAACUGCUCGCAAGUCGACCGGUGGCAAGGCCCCGCGUAAACAAUUGGCGACAAAAGCAGCGCGUAAGAGCGCGCCCGCAACCGGAGGCGUGAAGAAGCCGCAUCGUUACCGUCCCGGAACUGUUGCGCUUCGUGAAAUCCGUCGUUAUCAGAAGAGUACGGAGCUACUGAUUCGCAAACUCCCGUUCCAGCGAUUGGUUCGCGAGAUCGCACAGGAUUUCAAGACCGAUCUUCGUUUUCAAAGCUCGGCCGUUAUGGCCUUGCAAGAAGCAAGCGAGGCUUACCUCGUUGGACUGUUUGAGGACACCAAUCUCUGUGCUAUUCACGCCAAAAGAGUCACCAUCAUGCCCAAGGAUAUCCAGUUAGCUCGCAGAAUUCGUGGAGAGCGUGCUUGAAUUCAUUUUCUUAAAAAAAAAAAAUCGGCCCUUUUCAGGGCCAAAAAUUCUCUUACAGAGGAACAUCAAUCCUAACGCUUUCAUAUCAAUUUUUUGUAUAUAUUUAAUUUAUUAUUUGUAAAGAAUGAUUUAAAAUUAAUAUCUGCAAUUUAUACUGUAAAUAAUUCUCAUAAAAGUCAAUU